AUGGCUGAUCAAGACGGUUCGAAGCUCGAACAUUCCCUGGCUGACCAGUUUCACGGGCUGACGGAGCUUCGCAGUAGGCGCUUGGACGCGGAGUCCAAGGACUCGGUUCGGGAGGGCGCGGAAUUUUUCUCGGACCUGGCCCAUCUCAGUGAGCGCAUGGUUUCGGAGUUGCGUAGCAAUAGCGAGCUGGUCAUCGUGGAGGGGGGGCAUACCCCAUCCUCGUCUUGCUCGCUGCGGAAGGGCUCAUCCACGACGGCUUCAGCGGGAUGGUGGCGAGUUUGCGGAAAGCUUGCCACAAUCGCGCAGGAAAAGGGCGCGGGGUGCGCAGGGCUGGGCUGGCGUUGCGCGGCCCGGCGUGCCAUCGCCGACGGCGUCCGCUCCGCGAGGAUCGCCCGUUCGCUGGCGGCCAGGGCGGGCAGCGUCGACGCCAACGCCUGCACCACGCUGGCGUUCGGCGGUGGCUGGGCGCGCGGCCCGGUUCGUCGAGGCUCGGGCCGCUCGUCGCAGCCUCCGGCGUGCGCAGCAGGCUCCCUGGGCCAGGAGCUCUUCUUCUGGCAGCUCGCCGCCCGCACCCUCUGGACAGAUUUGAAAUGCUCGGCUUCGUGCGGUUCUCGCUCCCGAGGGGCUGUACCGCGCUCGUUGGGUUUCGGGGGCCAACGCUGCGCUUCUUCGAGUACCACGUGUGCCUCAGAGUCGUGGCCGGUGACCUCGGGGCCUUGGCAACCGCCUUGCGUACCGCUGUGA